AUGACCUCCCUUCUCCCCACCGGGAAGCAAAUCAACCUCCAAUUAGGAUGGCCUUCUCCCUCCCUUUUCCCAAGUGAGGCCCUCAACGCGGCUGUAACUUCUGUUCUAAGUAGCUUCGAUGCCGCCAGUUCUGCUCUGGUCUACGGUCCCAGUCGUGGCCAUGUUCCGCUUCGCAGCCAAAUGGCGAAGUUCCUCGGUUCCAUGUACCACAACGAUCCCGAGGCGAUUGAAGAGAGCCGCGUAUGCAUUGCGGGAGGCGCAUCGCAGAAUCUCUCCAAUGCCCUCCUCCGGUUCGCCGAUCCCUCGUACACCAGGCGGGUUUGGAUGGUGGAACCAACCUACUUCUUAGCCUGCCCAGUGUUCGAGGACUGCGGCUUCAUCGGCAAGCUAAGAGGCGUGCCAGAAGAUGAUGAAGGCAUCGAUCUGGGCUUUCUCGCAAAGGCAUUGGCUGAAACCGAGGCUGAAUAUGCCGGUCAGGGCGAACAGGGCCGGCUCAAAACAACAGCCAAUGGAUACGAGAAGAUAUACAAACACAUCAUCUAUGUUGUGCCGACAUUCUCCAAUCCUAGCGGUAAAACAAUGUCCCUGAAACAUCGAUAUGAACUCGUCCGUCUUGCUAUAGAGUACCAUGCACUUGUCAUAUCGGAUGAUGUGUACGACUUUCUAAGCUGGCCGCACGAGCAAAAGAACUACGUUGAAGGUGGAAAGUUAGAAACCCCCCCUACACUCGUGGAUAUCAACCGAGAGCUUGACCCCGAAAGCAAAUGGGGCAAUACCAUGAGUAAUGGCUCGUUUUCCAAAAUCAUUGCUCCAGGAGCGAGAGUAUCGUGGGCAAUGGGCACCCCUGCAUUUGUAAACUUUCUUGCGACUACCGGUGCUUCCAUAUCUGGAGGAAACCCAGGCCACCUCAGUUCAACGUUUAUCGAAAACAUGUUGUCCUCAAGAGCACUUCAAACCCACAUCGAGAAGACUCUAAUACCAGCCUACUCAUCUCGCUACUACUCCAUGGUACAGGCCAUUGAGGAAUAUCUGGAACCUCUCGGCGUUAAAAUCAUAACGGGGCAGCCUUAUUACAGUCACUUUAAAACAAGUGACGGGGGCUGUUCGAAAGCGAAGGUUCAGGUUGCCGGUGGAUUCUUCUUGUCUAUUGCCUUGCCCAGCGUAUACCAAGAUGUUCCUGGCCUUGCCAAGGUAGCCUUGGAAAACGAUGAGUUGAAGAUUGCGUAUGGGAAAAUGUUUGAGGUCAAGGGAGACGGAGGCAGCAAGGAGAGAUCGAAAGCCAGCUUUGGAAACUCCAUUAGAUUGUGCUGGUCGUUCCAUGAAGAGGAGGCUAUCAAGGAAGGCAUAAUGCGUUUGAGAGGUGUUCUUCUAAGCUAUGAGAAGAAUACUGCUUGA